GUCGUCGUCGUCGUCGUCGUUGAAUAUAACAACGCUGCCGCCGCGCCCGGUUGUUACCGUCUCCGUCCUCGUCGCUGCUGCUGCUGCUGCUGCUGCUGUUGCCGCCGCCGCCGCUCCUGCUGUUGUUGUUGCCGCCGCCGCCGAACGUGCACACACACACACACACAUACACGUACGCGCGCGCACGUUACACGCACUCGCGACCGUCGCCGUGUGGUGAGACCGCUUCUGACUUUCGUGUGCUACAGUCCAGUGAGUUCCGCAAUAAUCACCACUUACUGCGGUCGUCUUCUUCUUCGUCGUCGUCGUCGUCGUAGUCGUCGUAGUCGUUGUCGUCGUCCUCUGAUAUAAUAUAGUGCAUCUAUAUUACUAUAAUAUUUUUAAAUAAUAUAUUUAUUAUAUGUACCUAUUCGCGUAACGGUGUGCACAGUGUAUAAUACACGCGAGCCUUCGUUUUGUUGUCGUCAUUGUUGCCAUCAUCAUAACAUAAUCCGUAGCCGCCUGCAAUAGUUAUACGCCGCGCACGUAUAGAUCACUGCACGUGUUGACUAUUGGAAACCGAUCUGAAAACCACACGCCAUAAAUAUUAUUACAAUUGUGUAUUGCCCAUCUGGGUAACCUUCUCGUCCCGUCCCCAACGCGACGAUCGAGACUCGGCCUGAGUCUUCGCCGUCAUCAGACGUCCGUUAUAUCGUAUAAUCAGCUCGUGGAGCGCCAGGGGAGAACGCUGCAGCGGCUCGACCAUGUACGCGGUAAUACAGCUAGACUCGGAGAACCACAGACUCCGACCCAAGCGGGUCAAAAUGGAGUUUGUGUGCAAAUACUGCAACCGGACGUUCAACAAACACUAUUCAUUGCUUAUACACGAACGCAACCAUCUGCCGACGGUCAACUACCGGUGCGAGAUGUGCUACAAGUCGUUCAAAAGGCAGGACAGCCUGCAACAACACAGAUCAACUCAUAGUCCAAAUUACAGAGCUGGGUACGCAUUGCAGCUUUGAAAAAAUUGUGAUAUGCUAAAUUAUUGGCAAAUUGUUGUAAUGAAGUAAAUGUAGAUAGACAGACAUUAACUAGGUAGUUGUUAAGUUGUAGUACUAAUAAGAUUAUAAUUUUGAGCAGACUGGUCAAUUUUUUUACUUUUUGAAUAAAAAAUAAUAUGUAGUUUUGAAAAAACUCAAGUACAAUUUUUGAAUUUACUAUUUUUAAAUGUAAAUCAAUUAAUAAUUUAUUAACAAUGUAUGUUAUUUUAAGUUAUAUAAAGGUCGUACAAAUCAAUAUUAUAUUCCUAAUAUUUUUAUUGUAAGACGUUAAUAAAAUAAUGAGACAUACUUAUACCAAUGUAUAAUGUAUUUUGUAGAAUAGCUUAUUUAUACGAUAUCCGAAUAUAAAAGCUAUUCACAAAAUAAUUCUUCAAUCAAAAUUUUUCUUUGAAUGUUCCUUAAUAAUUUCUUACUUGAAAUUCGCAAGUUUGGCAAAUUACAAUAUAAGAAAUACCUUUUGAAAUGUUUAAUGUUCUAAAAAAGUGGGAUUGUCCUACAGUAAAAAAUAUUACC